AUGAGAAGCAAAUCCAUCUUAGCUGGUGCCGUUAAUGUUCCAAUUGAACCAACAUCAAAUGUUGACUCACGAACGACAAACAAUAUUGUCAUAAAGAACUAUAGUUCGGAGUGUUUGAAAGAAAAAGAACCAGAUCUUAAGUCGGUGAAUUUAAACACAGCUUCAAACGCUAACGCUACAUCAGAUGUUAAGUUAGAGUAUCCACCACUGGACCAAGUUCUUUCAAGAGAAGCCAACGACAAUCCUUACACAAAUGUUCAAACAAAUCCUUCAGAUAACGUAGACCAUUACCUUCUUCGGUUAUAUCAAACUAUCUUACUCAAAGACGAUAAGAAGCUUUUGACAAAUCUUAUAAGCAAGAACCAAAUAAUUCUAACAAAGGAGGACCUUGAAAAU